UGGAAAAUGGCGGCAUUUUAAGUUUAUUUGAGUAGCAAAGAUAAAGCUUCAAGUUUUUUUUUUUUUAAAGUGUUAGCCAAUUUAUAUUCAAUUAGGUACAAAAAUGAGACCAAUUUUGUUUGUUUCCCUGCUAUUACUUGUGGCGCAAAUUGGUGAAUCCCAGGCGGCGGCAUUUUCCGUUCGUCAAAACCGCUUCGAUGAACUUCCAGAUCUACAAACUGCAGCUCCAGAUCUUCCUGAACUUCCGGAUCUGCAAACUCCAGCUCCAGUGGCCUGUUCAACAGAAGCUACUGAGACAUCUGAAAAAGUCAUCAGCGGGUUGCUAAAAAAAUGUGAAAAGUGCAAUGAAGGUAUAAAAUGUGUGCCCCAAAUCCAGUGCCCCGCCCACGUUCGCAUGGAAAGCCAUGAGAAGCCGCAGAUUUGCGAUCUUCCGGCUGGGAAAUUCGGCUACUGCUGCCAGACGGGACAGAAUCACACUGGUCCACGGUUGGAAUUUUCAGCCAAGGAGCGGCGAUCGAGAUUUCCCACCAUCCUGUCACCUGCAGUUCUGGAUGAGGCACGUCGCAAUUUUGAGCAUCUGAUGCAUGGAGUGGCACAGAUUCCUGUUCGCCGUGGUUUUCCCGAUUUUGCCCACGGCCUGGUGUUCCAUUCGACGGCCAAAGAUGAUUUUCACAAUUUUGCCAUUUCGAACAGUGCCAUCGAACAAGUGAUGACCACUCAGUUGUUUGGUAAGAAGGAGCAAGUUCCCUUGGACGAUUUUAUUACCAACAAUGUACCGAUCAAGUUCACGGAAACUCCGUUGGCUCAGCAUUGUCAGUCGAAUGCGAUUUGCCGGAAUGUGCGUUCGGUUUAUCGCAACUUAGAUGGCACAUGCAACAAUCCCCUCCCUCAAAGAUCGCUAUGGGGUGCUGCUGGUCAGCCCAUGGAGCGGUUACUGCCCCCCUAUGAAGAUGGAGUCUGGACACCGCGAGCCCAUUCAUCCGACGGAACUCCUCUGCUAGGCGCCCGCAAGAUCUCACGAACUUUGUUUUCGGACGUUGAUCGUCCACAUCCCAUGUACAAUCUCUUGGUGAUGCAGUUCGGUCAGGUCUUGGCACACGACAUUUCCCAAACUUCUUCGGUGCGUCUCGAGGAUGGAAACCUUGUGCAGUGCUGCUCGCCCCAGGGAAAAGCAGCUCUAAGUCCGCAGCAAAGCCACUUUGCCUGCAUGCCGAUCCACGUUGAGCCUGAUGAUGAGUUUUUUGCAGCUUUUGGAGUGCGUUGUUUGAACUUUGUAAGGUUGUCCCUGGUGCCCAGUCCAGAUUGUCAACUGAGCUAUGGCAAACAAAUGAGCAAGGUGACGCACUUUGUGGACGCCUCUCCGGUUUACGGAUCAAGUGAUGAGGCAUCUCGUAGUCUAAGAGCCUUUCGGGGCGGACGUCUGCGCAUGUUGAAUGAUUUUGGACGUGAUCUCCUGCCCCUUACGAGCGACAAGAAAGCCUGUCCUAGCGAGGAAGCCGGAAAGUCAUGUUUUCACUCGGGAGACGGGCGGACUAAUCAAAUCAUAUCACUGAUUACCCUUCAAAUUCUGUUGGCCCGCGAGCACAACCGUGUAGCAGACGCUUUGAACCAACUUAAUCCUUCCGCCAGCGACGAAUGGCUUUUCCAGGAGGCUCGACGCAUAGUUAUUGCCGAGAUGCAGCACAUUACAUACAACGAGUUUCUGCCCAUUAUUAUCGGUCCGCAGCAGAUGAAGCGCUUCCGUUUGGUGCCACUGCAUCAGGGCUACGCUCACGACUACAAUGUCAAUGUGAAUCCGGCUAUAACGAACGAAUUCUCAGGCGCCGCCUAUCGCAUGGGUCAUUCUAGUGUCGAUGGCAAGUUUCAAAUACGCCAGCAGCAUGGACAUAUCGAUGAAGUGGUUAAUAUCCCGGAUGUGAUGUUUAAUCCUUCGCGGAUGCGCAAGCGAGAGUUUUACGACGAUAUGCUGCGCACUCUUUACAGCCAACCCAUGCAGCAGGUGGAUAGCUCAAUAAGCCAGGGACUUAGUCGAUUUCUGUUCCGCGGAGAUAAUCCCUUUGGGCUGGAUCUAGCUGCUAUUAAUAUUCAGCGAGGACGCGACCAAGGACUGCGCAGUUACAACGACUACUUAGAAUUGAUGGGGGCGCCCAAGCUUCAGAGCUUCCAGCAGUUUCCCAGUGAAAUUGGCCAGAAGCUGUCACGCGUUUACCGCUCCCCGGAUGACAUUGACCUGUGGGUGGGCGGUCUGCUUGAGAAGGCCGUCGAGGGCGGCGUUGUGGGAGGUACCUUUGCCGAAAUCAUAGCCGAUCAGUUCGCCCGCUUUAAGCAGGGCGAUCGAUACUACUAUGAGUACGACAAUGCGGUCAAUCCGGGCGCUUUUAACCCUCAGCAGUUGCAGCAGCUGCGCAAGGUGACCAUGGCCCGCCUGCUCUGCGACAAUUCCGAUCGUCUUACACUUCAAGCGGUGCCAUUGGCCGCAUUCAUAAGAUCUGAUCAUCCUGGAAACCAAAUGAUUGACUGUGAUGAUGCCAGCCUGCCUGCUGUUAAUUUCGAGGCAUGGCGCAUUUGAUAUCAUUUUUUAAAUCAAUUUUUAAUUUAUUUAUCGAGCUUUUACCUGUAUUUAUAUAUGCGAAUGUUCCUCCGAAUUGUAUAUCCCCGUUUUAUGAAACUGCGGCUUAACAAAGAAAGCAAAAUAAAAGCCACAUCGAAUUGGA